AUGAUCGCGCUCGCGCUCGUCAUCGCCCUGUUGAACGCGCUCGCCGGCCGGCCCGGCGUCCACGCCAGCCUGCACUGUGCAAUGCGCCGAGAGAUCUCCCCCUGCACGUGCCGCCGCGAGGACCUGGGCACCGGAGCCAUCCUCGUCAUCUGCCAGCGCAUCAGUACCUACGAGGACAUCGCGCGAGCCCUCACCAAUAAAUUCAGCCCUGAGACCAAAAUCGGCCUCGACAUCUCCUACUCUCAGCUGCCGGACUUCGCCGACCACAGCUUCCGUGAGCUCGGCCUGUCCAUCACCAGGCUCAAACUCAAUUUCGACAAUCUAAGUGAACUGAAGGAGAGCGUGUUCGCGAAGCUGGAUCUUGUGGACUACUUCAGCUUAGCGGACAAUUCCUUGACCGAAAUGCCCCGGCACGUGCUUCGACAUUUGCCGCAUAUUAAGACGUUGGAUCUCUGUCGAAAUAAAAUCACUAAAUUAUCGGAAGAGGACUUUAAAGAUAUUCAAGAGGUUGAAAACUUAGUUGUAGCUGACAACCAGAUUUCCAAAAUAGAAAGGCAUGCUCUACCGAAACCUUUAAAGCAUGUACACUUAGGAAUCAAUAAAUUAAAUUCUUUAAAUGGAGCUCUUCGAGAACUCGAUGAUUUGGAAUGGAUUUUUAUAAAUGCAAAUCAUUUAAAAUCUAUAGAAAACGAGCUACCAGUGAAAGCGAAGAAAAUUGUUUUAAUACAUGCUGCCCAUAAUGAGUUGCAAAGCUUACCCCAAGAUCUAAGACAGAUGCCUUCUUUAGAAUCUUUGUACUUUUACGACAACAGUAUUAAAUCUCUUGAUGGUGCUUUGCAAAAAUCUACAAGGCUUAUGAGGAUAGGCCUCUCAUUUAAUAAAAUCGAAUCUCUAGCUGAAGAUGAAUUUGCGGAAGCAGAUAUUUUGGCAGAUUUAGAUAUUGCUUACAAUCAACUAAGGUCCUUAAACGGUUCCUUGAGAAGUCUUAAAUCAUUGCGCUAUUUAAACCUAACUCAUAAUUGUUUAACCGAAUUUUCUCUACAAGAAAUUAAGGGUCUCAAGAGGUUAUCUGUGAUAGAUCUCUCACAUAAUAAGAUAAGUCGUAUUACGGGAAAUAUUGAGAAUCUAGUCGAUGUCGAGACACGAGUAUUGGAGUUGCGGUUAGAUCAUAACCAUAUUAUUAGUUUAGGAGGAGCGUUGAUGGGCCUUCAUGGUCUUCUACGGCUUAAUUUGAGCCAUAAUCAAAUACAGCAAAUAUUGCCUGAAGAUCUUAUAGGAUUAGAAGAUCUAAGACUGCUUGAUAUUUCUCAUAAUCAUAUCACAUCUUUGGAAGAAACUUCAAAGACGUUUUUGCCUUCUCUGGAAGAUCUUAUCGCCCACCAUAACAACAUUACAUUACUGGACAAAGACUUUCAUGGAUUGCCUUCUCUAUGUUUUGCUGAUUUGUCCUACAAUAAAAUUGGCUCUGUAAAUUACGAAGUGGUGUCGAAAUCUAGAUGCACAAUUAAUGGAGUACCCAGUAUAUUGAAGAUUAAUCUUCAAGAUAAUCCUGUAUUAUGCGACGAACGAUUGUACGAGUUGUUGGCGGUUAUUGAAAAUUUAAAUGCUCGAGUGACGGGCUCCUCGACGUGUGUAGCCCCUCAGACCUCGGCCCCAGUCUUGAUGAGGGCACUGAAUGAUAUCGUGCCCGACACUCCCGUCAUCGUCGUCACUCGCAUGAGUACGGGGGUGCGAGUUCUAGAAGGGAGAGAAAUUCAGCCGUCACAGCUUGCAUAUCAACGCGUCGGUGCCUUGAUCGGGCACGUCCUGCCGGAGCAAGAAGGCGGGCUGCCAGUGCUGGUGGAGCCACCGGUCACGCUGCCGCCAGCCAGUUCUAACGUAGUAGUCAAGUGGCCGGACGCGCGAAGAGAGAAACCUCAUCCACUUGCAGACCAUCUCCAUCUACGCGACCUUAACUCCGCGCCGCAG